AUGCUGCUCUUGAACCUCUUAUCCGCAGUUGUCCUCGCGGCGCCGACCUUUGCCGCUGCCCUUCCCAGUACGUUCCUCGGCCGUGUGUCGGCUUAUUGUAGUCUUUCAUAGGUAUCAUGAGGGGUGGCUGCAGUAACUAACUGACUUCUGCCCUGCUCUAACUGCGCACGCCGCCUCUGCAGACGCGUUCUCGUCCGGCGCACAGCCCUACACCCUCGAUAAGCGCGAGCUCCAACGCCAGGCCGCCGUCCGUAUUGCCUUGGCCAAGUCCAGGGCCAAGCGAUCCGCUCGCAGGAACGCAGGUGGCCUUUCCGAGCUUGCGGAGGAUGAUCUCGCCAGGCGCAACAUCGAGGAGGCAUACUCUGCUCUCGGCGUCCAUCGCCGCAGCUUCGAGACUUCCGCGUCAACCCUGUCCAAGCGCCGUCUCCCGAGGAUGAGGUGCUUCCCCAACCGAGGUUCGUUGUCUUCCCUUCUUCUUUUGCACUUUGGUCGGCUCGCCAAGUGCCUGCACUGACCUGCAGAGUGCUCGGCGUACGUUGUCAUUCACAGUCGGCGGUCAGGCCAACGCCGAUGAGUUCUGCCGCGCAUUCUACGUUGGCAAAGUGGCCUACCCGUCCAUCGCUACGGCCUCGUGCGACCAGGUCUGCACCAUUUCCUGUCCUUCCGGCUACACGCAACAGAGCAACGACCGUAACGUGUUUUGCAUCAGGAACGUCGACCAAUGCAACAACGUCACGUGCCCCCAAGACCCGAACGGUCUCAGCGGUUGCUCCAACGGCGCCUGCACCCUCACUUGCCUCACUCGUGGCUACACCAAGAGCCGAUCGGGAACUUCGUGCCUCAGCUUUGGCUCUGAUCCCAACAACUGCGGACGCGUGAGUAGAACUUUCCCUCCUCGGCCGUGCUCCGCGGAGUUCAGCUCAGCGCGACAGGCCGUUCAAACCAUUCCUGACCCAUACGGUGCAUCCUUUGUAUUUACUUUCAUCUUGCAGGAAGGGGUUGUGUGCCCUCGCUCUUACAACGGCUUCUUCCCCCCGGGUUGCAGCAACGGACAGUGCAGUCUCAGUACGUUGCCUUCGCGGCCGGAAUAUCUUGCUCCGAUUGGGCAAGAUGGCUGACCACGACGAAUCUUUUCCCCCUGUACUCUCCGCAGCGUGCCCACGAGGCUCCUCGCCUGGAACGGUCAACAACCAACCCACUUGCGUUUGA